AUGCCGUCAGCAACAACCGCGUCCCAGCAGGAGCUCAAGGACAACAAGGUCCCUAUUGCAUGGCGCGACCAGUGCUCUGCCCUGCUCAUCCCGCUCAACACGUGCCGCAAGCAGACCAUGUACCUUCCUUGGGAGUGUAACAACGAGCGGCACACGUACGAGAAGUGCGUAUAUGCACUCUUCCUGAUGCGGCGCAUGAAGAAGAUGUCCAAGAUCAGGCUCCAGAAGGCCGAAGAGGCAGAGGAGUAGAAGGAUUCCGUCUACGUUCACUCGCAUACAAGCUGUAUCUUGUGCGCUCCCGUUCAAUAGAGCACUAUUACCAAGUCAGU